UUUUUUUUUAAAGUUUGAUAUUCUUUCCUAAGGAACUAGGUAGUUGCUGUAGUACAAUUUUUAUUCAGAUAUUCAUGUAUUGAGUAUCAAUAAAUAAACUUGCCAUGUGCUAAAUUCUGGGUAAAUAUAAAUGUUAUUAUCCCUGUCUUCAAGUAAAUCCUAGACUAGGGAAGAUCUAGUUGUAUACAAUGGGACAGAGUGUUGGUCUAUACUCUAGAGAUACAGGGGAAGGAAGUGCCUAAUUCCACCAUCAGUAGCUGUACAGAAAAAAAAAAAAAAAAAUAGCUGUACAGAGAAAAUAAAUUCUACCCAAUCACAAGUUGAGGAAAAGCAUUCUAGGAAAACAUCUGCCAGGACUGGAGACAUUAAGGGAACAUUCCAGACCACUUGAGCAUUGGACCAUGUGCAGAAGAUGAAGCUGGAAAGUAUUUAACCAAAAGGAUACCACAGAACCCGAAAUAUCAGCAUGUCAAGUCAAGACUGGACACUGGUAACAGUAUGACGAAAUAUAUUGAGAAACUAGAAGAGAUUAAAAAAAAUUAUAGAUACAAAAAAGAUGAACUUUUCAAGAGACUGAAAGUUACCACUUUUGCACAGCUGGUCCUCCAAGUUGCUUCCCUAUCUGAUCAAACACUGGAAGUAACAGCUGAAGAGAUUCAAAGGCUGGAAGACAGUGAUUCUGCUCCUUCAGACCCCGACACUGAACUCACUGCCAGGACCAAUGGGAAAAGGAGCCCGGGUGAGCAGUCUCCCAGCCCUGUCCAGUUCAUCAACAGUGCGGGAGCAGGGGACUCCAGCCGCUCCACCCUGCAGAGCGUCAUCAGUGGUGUUGGGGAACUGGAUCUAGACAAAGGGCUUGUGAAGAAAGUAGAGCCCAACACCAAAGACAAACCUUAUCCUGACUGCCCCUUCCUGUUGCUAGAUGUGCGUGAUAAAGACUCUUACCAGCAGGGCCACAUUGUUGGAGCUUACAGUUACCCAAUUGCAACUCUAUCUAGAACAAUGAACCCCUAUUCCAAUGAUAUUCUUGAGUAUAAAAACGCCCACGGCAAGAUCAUCAUUGUGUAUGACGAGGACGAGAGACAGGCCAGCCAGGCAGCCACCACCAUGUGCGAGCGGGGCUUUGAGAACCUCUUCAUGCUUUCCGGGGGUCUAAAAGUCUUAGCUCAGAAAUUCCCAGAAGGACUGAUUACUGGUUCCCUGCCAGCAUCUUGCCAGCAGGCCCUUCCUCCUGGUUCUGCCCGGAAACGAUCCAGUCCCAAACUGCCACCCACACUAGCUGAGAACAAAUGGAGAUUUACCCCAGAAGACUUAAAAAAGAUAGAAUAUUACCUGGAAGAAGACCAGGGCCCUGCAGACAAUCCUAGCCGGCUGAACCAAACUAACUCUUCGGGAAGAGACUCCAAGGGACCUGGUGCCCGAAGCAGUCCGCACCUGCCUACUGGGGGCCCUGGCAGCCACUCCAACCCUCGCUCCCAGGGCAGUGGUCACCUACAAGGCAAACCAUGGAAGUAAAGACUUUUAGUCAAAUAAAUGUUUCCCCUCUUUUUGAAACCCCUGAGCAGUCCCCAGGUUGGUCAUUUUUGCACGUUGCUUUAGAGGAAAGACCACAGCUGUGGGAUAGGCCAUCUGCUUUCUCCAUGUUCAGCUCUUCUCCCUUUUGCCAGCCCAUCAAGGAUUUUGACAGAUGACCACAAAAUCCAGAGGCGUGACCAGCUCUAGUGUCCUUCUUAUUGUUUACAGAAUAUUUUAAGUCUUUUGAAACUGAAUAGGCAAAAAAAGAUACACCACCCACUUCAAAUGCAGCUGUUUACUCUCUAUCCAGUACUGAUUUGUAAGUUUUUCAGUCACAUCUGGGGGCAUAUUCUUCCCAAGCAGUUUUUUCAUUCACUAUGGAUUUCCUGAGAAAUUGUGCAGGUGGGCUUGGUGUGGGCCACUGUCUGCAGGGACAUAGAUGCAUCUUGGUCCCAGCCGCCAUACACCAGGCAGAACAGCUGCUGAGGCACCCUUUGCCUAACACGCUGCAGGCUCUGCAUGGAGAUUGGAAACAGUACCUGUGAGCAGGGCUCAGUCUUACAAUUGAGUAAAAAAGCUCUACAGCUCCUGAACAUGCCCCUUCAUUAAAUAGUUUUCUGGGGCCAGAAAGGUGUGUACUCAGCUGUCUUCAUCAUCAUCACAGGGAGGAGGGCCUCACACAGGGGCACCCUGGCCUGUGUUGAGAGCCCCUGCCGGUCUCCACAGCUGUCCCUCACUUGUGGCCAGUAUAGCAGUUGUAAAUUUCCAUUGCCUGCAUCAGGUCCAUCUGCAUUAAGUGGGUAGAAAUCGUGGCCACUUGAAAACAUUAGCUUCACUCAAGCAACUAGAAACACACAAGGUGAGGACUCAAGAGUCCUCUGUCAGGGCUGACAGCCCCUUAAGCCCUUGCUUAAAAAUACAGUAUUAGUCUAAUUGAGUAAUUAGUGCAAUUUCCUGCUUACUUUUCAUUCUCAUGACUGAGCUGUGAUUAGGAGGUUGUGAUUAUAGAUUCUGGUUUUGGCCGGGAUUUUGAAUCAGCAUUAAUUGAAUUGCUAGAUGACUGACAUUCUAUUUAAUUGGAGGAACAAAAGGCCUCAGGUAAGGAUGAGGAACUCUGAAAUCAUGCGAAAAGGAAAAGAGCCUUGUUAAUUUUUAUGGUCUGUGAUUGUGGCUGUGAUAAGGGACUAAGGAAUAAAUUGUGCUCUUUGUCAUGGCAACCAGCUUCUGAAAAGCCAACUGAAAAUUGCCUGUCCUUAGGUGGUUACUGCUGCUGGGUAAGAUUCACCUUAACAGUACUAUUUCUCACCACCAAAAGAAAAAAGAAAGGCACCACAGUAUUUCUAGUAUGGGGGCUAUGUUUGUACAAGAAAUAAACAUAAUAAAUGUCUCAUAGAAACAUAUGGAAAAAUAACUGAGAUUCAGCCCAGUUCUGCUUUAGAGUGUGUUUAUCCGUCUUUACUUGAUUGCCAAAGUGCAACAUUUUCCGAUGCUUUAGAAUCAAAUUAACCAGGGACAUUGUUCAGAUGUCAAGCCAUGCCCAGUUUUCCACAAGAUUCAAGAAUCUUGUAUAAAAUUCAGCCAACAUACACAUAGCUUUAAUAAAGAACCUUUCAUGUCCCAUAAAUUUAUUGCCUGAGAACUUAGUUCAGCCUUUUGCUACAGCCAGAAUGCGCUGGCUUUUAUUUUCUUUACACCAUAGGUUUAAAAAAUGCAGAAAUUUCCACACUUCUCUAGUGUGGACAAUGUUUAGCCAUCGUUGAUGUACAUACAUCUUUAAGACAGAAUGUUUCUCUCUGUAACAAUGUUCUGGUUAUGCCAUUUUAAAGUUGACUUGUCAGAUUAGAUUUCCCUGCCAGCUUCUGUUUUGAAAGUAGAGCCCCCUUUGUUCCUAUUCUGCAUUCCCAUCAUUACAGAUUAGUGUUCAAACUCCAGUCUGUAUGUGGAAAGUCAGUUCAGCCAAACCUACAAGAAUUGCUAUGUAUUUACUGGCGAGAUCUAGCAGGUUGAAUGUAUUUAUGUAUGUUCCCCCAUAGUGCUUUGCCCAGGCGGUAAGGAUUUUACAAUUCCAGAAGACCUGUUCUAAUUCCACAUUUUGUGUUAAAUGUCACUUUUCAUGCUCGAGGUAUUUCUUUCUUCUACUUUACUGGUUUCUUCAUUAGAUUAUUUGACAUGUGUUAUUUAAAUGAUUACUGAUACUUUGUGCAAUUAUGAAUGUUGAAGAUUAAA